UGCUGUGCAAAAUUGCACAGCAGAGGAUCCAUAUCCGAACAAUAGAGGUAAACUACUCUGCACUCUACUGCAAUGGCGGCGCGGCGAAUUCUCUCUCUCAUAGCUGCAAAAUAUGCGCAGAAUCCUCUCCCCAGAGAGGUCUCUAGGAAGUUUCAUCCUUCUCCAAACUCGUUCUCUCGCAACUACGAGCAGUAUACCAGAGGGUUCAAGUCUCUCUCAGAAGCCAGUGUUCCAUCUGUGCAAAAUCCAGCCGAAAACGGAAGUUGCAGCUCGAACAGUGACCAGAGCACGAGCGGAUGCUUCGCCAGCUCGAAAAACGACCAGGCUGCUGUGAAGCACCAAGUGAAAUCCGACUUGAAGGUUUCGGAGAGGCACGAUCUUGUCAUGAUGUUCACUUGCAAAGUCUGCGACACCAGAAACCUCAGAACGGCCUGUCGUGAGUCGUACGACAAAGGCGUGGUGGUUGCUAGAUGCAAUGGCUGCGACAAUCUGCACCUGAUCGCGGACCGGCUGGGAUGGUUUGGAGAACCGAGCAGCGUCGAGGAGUUUCUGGCAGCUCGCGGGAGGAAGUGA